CACUUCCCUUUCUCUAAAGUUGUUAUCAUGAGGCUCUUGGUCUUGGCUUCUUCCUCUUUUGUUACGUAUCACUUCUGAUGACACUAUUUACUUUCCACCGAAUGAUUAGCAGCAGAAACUCUCUCGGACUGUAAAGCAGCUCUCUAACUUUGUUUUCACACUUUCAGAGGAUAUGAGGAUUUGAUCAGUCAUGGAUGGAGACGUACUGUUUUUGUCAUCUUCUUCAUUAUCAUCCUCAACAGCUGCUGUUGUGGCAGCAGAAGCAGAACGAGUGAACACUCAAACAACAAAGAGUGAGAGCAGUCUCACCGAGCGACAACAGACGCACACAUCUGCGGAAACAUUAUGGACAGAGGAGGUCAGUCCUGUGGGAGACGUGUUGCUGUCCACAGAAGAGCAAGUCACUCUGAUCACUGAGAGUAUGACAGUCUCCUCCACUGACCAGGAGAAGCUGCUGCUGCUCAACAAGAACACCGAGCUGCGGAGAGUCAACAAAGAGCUGAUGAAGCUGAAUGAGGACUGGGACCAGGUGUACCGCAAUGCCACUCUGGGACUACAGCACAGGUUGGAGGCUUUGGAACGGGAGAACACUGCCAUCAAACAGCUCAACAGUGGUCUGCUGCUCAGAGUAGAGCACCAACAGAGUGCCAAGGAGUAUUAUGAGCAGGCUUUGAUGCAGGAGCUGAAGAAGAACCAGGAGCUGCAAGAGUACAUCAGACUGCUGGAGAGCAGAAUGCAACACCCAGAUAGAUUCUGCACAUCUGCCAAACAGGACAGCUUCACAGCUACCAGUAACUCACCCAGAGGUCCCAACCUGACAGCCAGUCACUUUUCUGGACACAGCCCUUCAUCCUCAUUUUCCCCUGCUUCUACAAGUGCAGAGGACGGGUGGCAGGGAAAAAGCCAGUGUGCGAGUACCCCACUGGGAGACUCCCAGCAAGAAGUACAGGAUCUAAAGGAGCAGCUGGAGGCACUGCAGUGUCAGACCCAGAUUUAUGAAGCAGAAUUUCAGACCGAGCAUAACGACCACAAACACACGCUGCAGGAGAACCACAGGCUGAGGAAGAAAAGGGAGGAGAUGCGCCAGCAGGUGGCACUACUGCAAGAGCAGCUCAAGGUCUACGAGGAUGACUUCCGAAGAGAGCGCAUGGACAAACAGAUGCUGCAGAGGCUGUUGUUGAAGAAAACGCCUCCGAACAAGGAUCCUGUGCUGAUCCACCGCUGCAAUAAUGAGCAGCAGCCACUAGGAGGAGACAAGAGGACGUCUAGUGCAGGGAAAAGAAAAGAGCACCACCCCUCCUGCCCCAAACACCAGAAUAGGGACACAAACUCAGACUGAGGCUGAGAGGAAAAAACAUUACAGUGUUCACAGCACAUGUAUGAGGUGUAUGAGCUUCAAUGCAGGAAGAAGUAUCAGUGUGUAGGCUUCCUAAAUACAUUCAUAUGGAAAAUGUGUGCACGUAUGUCAGAGAAAUGUUGCAGUAAAUCUGCACCACAAGUAAAAUGGGACUCUGCAAUUAUAGAACUGCAUCCUCAUACAUCUUUUAAACAGUAUUUUCUGACUAAUAUUAACAAAAUGCUCUAAUCCUGAGAGCAUUGUACAAAAUAAAAAAAAAAGUUAAUAUAGUUUCAAACAUUUGCAAUUUAUCAUAUAACACAGUUAUUUCUUUUUUUUUUACUUUAUUACCUAUCCGUAUAUAUUUCUAACGUAUAAUUUUCUCUAAAGUAUAUAUGUGUGUUUGUGUGUAGUCAGAGAAAAGAAGGAAAUAGAAUAGACUCACAAUACUUAAUUCAUUAAAUUGGGUGUGUGACAUUUGCUCCUUCAGAAUUCACACUCAAUCAUAGAAAAUAAGGUCAAAAAACCACAUUAUUAGCAACUGAUCAAAUAUAUAAAGUUAACAUUCUAUGACAAUAAAUGUGACCGUAUAAUAGAA